UUUUUUCUUUGUCUUCAGAGCUAACGACUCAACAAAAAAAACAGUUCGACCAGCGUGACCAAUAUACUCUUUAACUCACUUUUGUCUCUCCCUUUGUAAUAAUAAAACACAAAAUCACAAACACAAGAGAGCAAAAGUAAAAAAAAUGGCAGAAGAAUCUAUCACCACCACCACUCUCGCUACAUCGGAGAAUCAACCAUCAUCGGGGCUAACACCUCCACAAGAAUCAAACUCUACUCAUCAAGUCUUGGCGACUGAGACUGAAACUCUAGAGCAAGCUACCGAGACUAAUCCACCGGAAACUGCAGUAACCGCGGCGGCUCAGCCUGAAGUAACACCGGAAGAGCAUCACCCACCAAAAGUAACGGAAACACAAACGGCGUCAACAGAGAAAAAAGAGACGUCGCAGAAGGAAGAAGCAUCUGAAGAGGACAAGAGAAUUCCACAGAAUCUUGGCUCUUUCAAAGAAGAGAGCAGCAAGCUCUCCGAUCUCUCCGAUUCCGAGAAGAAAUCUCUUGAUGAACUGAAACAUCUUGUGCGAGAUGCUCUAGACAAUCACCAAUUCGGUUCAGUUCCUAAACCGGAAGAUGGCAGCAACGCACCUGAAGAAGUCACGAUCUGGGGAGUUCCUCUCCUCAAAGACGACAGAAGCGACGUCGUUUUACUGAAGUUCCUACGCGCUAGGGACUUCAAGGUGAAAGAUUCGCUGGCAAUGCUCAAGAACACAGUCAAGUGGAGAAGGGAGUUCAAGAUCGACGAGUUGGUCGAUGAAGACCUUGUGGAUGAUCUAGACAAGGUGGUGUUCAUGCAUGGGCACGACCGAGAAGGACACCCGGUGUGUUACAAUGUCUAUGGUGAGUUUCAGAACAAGGAGCUUUACAACAAAACGUUCUCUGAUGAGGAAAAGAGGAAACAUUUCUUGAGGACGAGGAUUCAGUUCUUGGAGAGGAGUAUAAGGAAGCUAGACUUCAGCUCCGGUGGAGUUUCCACCAUAUUUCAGAUCAACGAUAUGAAGAACUCUCCGGGACUGGGGAAGAAAGAGCUUAGAUCGGCGACCAAGCAAGCCGUGCAGUUGCUUCAGGACAAUUACCCUGAGUUUGUCUUCAAACAGGCCUUCAUCAAUGUUCCCUGGUGGUACCUUGUGUUUUACACUGUGAUUGGUCCGUUCAUGACACCAAGAUCAAAGAGCAAGUUGGUGUUUGCUGGUCCGUCAAGAUCAGCCGAAACUCUUUUCAAAUACAUAUCGCCCGAACAAGUCCCGGUACAAUAUGGAGGAUUGAGUGUAGAUCCUUGUGACUGCAAUCCAGACUUCUCUUUGGAAGAUCCAGCCUCAGAGGUCAUUGUUAAGCCUGGAACAAAGCAAACUGUUGAGAUCAUAAUCUAUGAGAAAUGUGAGAUUGUGUGGGAGAUAAGGGUAAUUGGAUGGGAGGUGCGCUACAAGGCAGAGUUUGUGCCUGAAGAGAAAGAUGCUUAUACGGUGGUUGUACAGAAACCGAGGAAGAUGAAACCAUUCGAUGAACCGGUGUUAACCCAGAGCUUCAAAGUGAAUGAGCUUGGCAAGGUUUUACUCACUGUAGACAACCCAACCUCUAAGAAGAAGAAGCUCGUUUACAGGUUCAAUGUCAAACCUCUCUGAUGUGAGAUGUCUUCUGUGUGUUUUUGUAUAUGUGAGUGUUUGGUUUAUCAUAUCAUAUCAUUUUGUAUUUGUGGCUUACACUUACACGAUGGAGGUUCUGCAUCUUUUGCUCAUGUAAUCAUUUGAGAAUAAUAUAUUUUACAUGACCUUCUAUAAUAAAGAACUUGAAUAUCUUUAA